AAAUAGAAUCCUUAUAAUAAUACUUACUGCAAUGAAUAUAUUUGGAGCAAUGUCCAAGUUUAAUGGACCAUUCCAUGAAGAUAAGUACAAUCAGUUUUUCAACCCGAAUCUUUGUCAUGUUUGUAAGUCGCCAAACGACGGAAAAUUAAUUCCAUGCGAUCGGUGUUAUUCUAUCUAUUACUGCUGUAAAGAACAUAAGGCGAUGCAUGAAGAAUCACAUCGGAAGGUCUGCGAAGGUUUAACACUAGCGAUAUCAUUUGACCCGCACUGGUAUACGCGUUGCUGUAAUUUCAAAGAGUGGAUAGAUUUAAAGAGAUCCCUAGUCAUUUUUAUAAAAAUGCACAUAUCACGCAAACUAUAUCCGUACGAAAUAGAGAUGUGCUUUUGCGCAAAAUCGUGUGAUAUUUGCCAUCGGAUGAUUAAUUUGCAAACCUGCACGUACUGCUAUUCUAUAAAUUAUUGCGACAAACAUAUACGAUCUAUGACAUCACAUGUAGAUUGCCAAAAUCGGUUGCUUCUGUUGGACUUGAAUAUCGCAAAUAUAAACAAUAACGUCUGUAAUGAAUAUCCAGAACAUCUGAAGAAUACUAAGUUUCCUGUAAAACGAAAUUAUUAUAGCAUGCUGUCAUUUGUUAAUGCGUAUACAAAUCAUCCUAAAGGAGACAUGUGGACAAAUAAAUUGUAUAUUUUUACUGAUUAUAUGACAGGUCCGCUAACAUUAUACAAUGCGUUUGGCAAAGCAAAUUUAUUAAAUUAUCCACGACAACAUCGUGAAUUUGUCAUACAUAUUAUAGCCGGAAGUGCACUAGAUGUGGCAAGUUUGAAAGCUUGGCAAAUUCUACUACAUCUUUUUUUCACUGUAAAGAAACUACAUAUUGUAAUGAUAAAGCCCGAAACGGUGUUCGAAUCGGUUAAAUAUAAUCUUUGUCACAAAAGCAUCACACGUAAUCAGGAACUUUAUUUUGAAUAUGUAUCUGAGUCAUACUAUAACUAUGAAGUAUACGGACGGAAACAAUUGCUUCUGUAGUUAUAAACCAAAUAGAGAUUAUAAGACUGGUGGAAUAUUUUUUCGAAAUUCUUAUUUUAUUAUAUACCAAUGAAUUUAAAUUUAAUAACUGACUCAAUGAAAGGUAAUGCCUG